AUGGGUCUAAAUGCAUUUGAACCCGACAACUGCAACAUCAAGCCCAGACACCUUAGCUACUACACCAUCUCAUCACCCAGUGUUAUAUCAUUAUUCUCUCAUUGCAGUUUUGGUUUCAACUUGACCUUCUUCAAGAGGUUCUACAGGCAGAUGCAAAUUGUUUUUCCAAGGCUCUGUUCCAUAUCAACUCUGCUAUUCUUCUCAAUCCUAAUUCUGGUACUCUGUGAGCAGGCUGUUGGCUACUUCAUUGGUCUGGUGCCUAGCCAGUAUUAUAUGGCCCUCGGUAAAAAAGAUUUUGACCAAUUCAUGUACCUUACGCUGAAGGCACUGGCCCUAGUUCUGACUAUGGCUCUUAUUUUAGCGCUAAAAAAGUACGUCUGGAUGUUGUUCUACAUAAAGAGCAGAAAAAUGCUGACAGAUUAUCUGCAACAACUCUACCUGGCUGACAUCAACUACUACAAACUGAAUGUCCUCGACAAUGAGAUUGAUAAUGUUGACCAGAGGAUAGCCAAAGAUGUAGACAAGAUGUGUUUGAUCUUUGGUGAAAUAAUCCCUGACCUCCUAAUAUCGCCAUUCAACAUUAUUUUCUAUAGUGUCCAGUGCUGGCUGGUGAUCGGCUGGAUAGGUCCUAUAUCUGUCUACAUCUUCUUCAUCAUCUCUACCGUCAUUAACAACUUCCUCAUGUCACCGAUUGUCAGACUGGCAGCGCAGCAAGAACAACUGGAAGGAGAUUUUAGAUUCAAGCAUAUGCAGUUGAGGUUGAACUCAGAGUCAGCAGCAUUUUAUAGGUGUGGUCUCACGGAAAAUAGUAAGUUGUCAGAAAAGUUCAACUUCUUGCUACAAAUGCAGAAGAAACUUAAUGGAAGGCAGUUUUUCUUAUCAAUUUCCAUUUUCUCGGCCAGUUACUUUGGUAGCGUGUUAAGUUACCUGGUUGUAGCGUUCCCUAUAUUUGGAGGGGUCUAUGAUCACCUCGAUCAAACUGAAAUUAGUGUUUUGAUUAGUAAAGCCUCAUUCCUCAUCCUCUCCCUCAUCUUCAACUUCACUCGCAUCAUCAACAUGGCUCCUCAGGUUUCCGAAAUGGCGGGAUGUACUCACAGGGUUGGUCAACUGCUUGAGAAGUUGCAGUUUCUGGUUGCUGAAGAGAAAGCUGAGAGAGGAGAUGAUGAAGGAAUUGUCAUCAUUAUCAAUGAAGACGAUGAUGAUGAUGAUGGCAGUGAUAAGGAUGUUUCUUCAUCUCCUACUUACAACCCAACACUUUCAUCAACGCCAGGCCUUCAUUUGGAGUUCAACCUCGGCUGCAACGUCAUUAUAACUGGAGAUAGUGGGAUUGGGAAGACGUCCUUGCUGAGAACCAUGGAUGGACUCUGGCCGCUUUGUCAUGGCAAAAUUCAGCGUUUCAUGAGCCAUGGCAGAGAUGGCGUUUUUUAUUUGCCUCAGAAACCAUAUCUCACUAAUGGUACACUCAGACAACAAGUAUGUAUACACGUGUGUAUAGUCUUUCCAGACCUAACGUGUUCCAUGGAUGAUGACAGAGAGAUCGUAAAAAAUCUUCAGUUGGCGGGUUUGGAGGAGUUGUUGGAGAGAACUGGGUCACUGGACGCUAGGGUUGAUUGGCAUUGGGAAGACAUAUUGUCGCCAGGAGAGGCACAAAGAUUGGCAUUCGUGAGGUUGUUCUACCACAGGCCUUCUGUUGCCAUUCUGGACGAAGCUACCAGCCAGGUGACUGAGAGCCUCGAGGUCUGCCUCUACGAGAACUGCAGACGACUUAACAUGACCUUGAUCAGCAUAGGUCACCGAACGACCUUGACCCGGUUUCACGAUCUGGAGUUGCGUCUGCAGGGAAAUGGAAUUUGG